GGCAAUGCUGGCCAUAAAAAAAUUAAAAAAGGAGCAUUCUAUGGAAAUGUCAUCUUGUGUCACGGUUUUUCUGAAGCAAAAUAUGGUUUAGAUAGAAAUAAAUAAAUUCAUGUUACUCAUUCCCUGCACAACAUAAGUCUAUUUAAAUGUGGCGUAAAUAUUUCUUGUAAGAAACAAUUGAUUUUAUAAAAUGUAUAUUGCCUUUAAAUGGCUGACAGGGUUGGCCUUGGCCAUGUGGUUGGCCAUGUGUGUUAUUGAUGUAUGUGUAAAGAAAACUAAGAAAAAUCAUAAAAACGGUUCAAGAAUGGAAUCCUACGAAUGGACUUAUCAAAAUAUAACAUUACAAAUGGAACAAGAAUCAAAAAUACAUGUAGAAAAAGAAUUGUAUGGGCAAAAGUACCAGCCAGAUACGGCUGCCUUGCACUACGCGAUGUUUUUCGCGGGAGCGAUUGCAGUAUCUGUAUUCAACAAGAAAAGCGAAAUUAUAUCGUACACCAAGAAUACUAUAGCAAAACUCGAUUUCAAUGCAGCUGUAAAUAUUGCUGUGAAUAAUUUGAAAAAAACCGCCAUUUUACUUUACAUUGCCAUAGAAAAAAUAUUUGCCACUUUGUGGGUAAUCACUAUAAAAACUAUCUCUAAAUUAAAAUUGGUUAAACGUGGACUUAAAACUAGUGUUGUAGAGAAACAUAAGAAGUUAAACUUUAUUUUACUUAAGAAGUUGAAAGAAAUCGCUGAAGAGCGAAGAAAGUUGGGCCAACUUUUGAUUGCGGCCAUUCAUGAAAACAAAAAUAUCCGAAUGCAAUAUCAAUUAGAAAGCAUGGCAAAGAAUAGGCUGGUGAGACAUAUAGAGGAUACACAGAAAAAAAUUAAAGAAAACAGGUCACGAUACGUUAGUUUCCAACAUUUGUAUUUGGUCACCCAUCAAGAAAAUAUAUUUUUAAAAGCUCGAAUAAGAAAGCUAUUGAAAGAAAAGGAUGAUGCAGAAAAGGAUCUAAUGUCAGUCAUAAACCAGGUAUAUCAGUCAAAAAACAAUGACCUGAAAGUAUAUUGUAGCCGUUUUAUUGUACGGCCUAAAGAUAACUUACUAAAUAAUGACGUAAGCGCUGAAGUGCAAAAGUUUUUACAAAAAUCGUGUUUAUCUGGAGCUACCACAUCAUCUUGGCAGGUUCCCAGUCAAGCGGACAGUGCCAAGGACGACGAAAAAAUACCCUCUGCUAGUUCUCGAAUAACAGAAAUCUUACAAGAAGAAAAUAGCUUAGCACCUCUGGUGUCCGAUGCUCCAAAACUGAAAGGACUUCCAGGCGAAUGUAUAUGGACUGUAAAAGACAAAGAUGGCAUUAUCGAAAAACUGUACGAAUACGAUUAUGAAUCUGACUUUGACAAUGGCGACACUAUUCGAAGGAUUCGAGAAUAUUCAGUUUACUACGACAAAGACUGCCUGUUAGAUUUUUCGAGUUCCAGAACAAUCAUCACAGAACCCAGCUCUAUCACACUUCGCACUUUAUAUCCAACAAGUGAAAGAUUUUUGACCGGCUCUGAAGCUUUCCAAAAGUUUUUGCAAAACAACAAAAACAUAGUUCCAUCUAGAUCACCCGCUCCUCCUUUUCUUUGUGGAUGAUUUUAUAACGAUUUUAACUUUGGAUGGUGUGUUAUUUGAGACAAAUAAAUUUUAUUUUCUCUUUA